GCGAAGCAUCAGCAGCAUCAGCAUCAGCCACAGCAUCCAUGGUCGCUUGCCGCGAGGAGGCCCCCCAGCUCGGAGGAGCCGCCGCUGGAUGCUCCUCGCCAGGCAGCAUGCGGCCCGAGGUAGCCCAGCAGCCGGGCCGGGCAAGGAGAGCAGAUGAAGCGCUGAGAGGGAUGUUCCAGUGGACUGUGUCUGAAUGGCGUCCUCACGUCCCUUGGAACUGACCGUCUUGGGGAAUGGCCCAGGGCCCAGCCACAGAACCCCUGAGGGGGAACCUCCAGCACCAUGGAGAGCUCCCCAUGCAGGACUGGAGAAUGCCUCUUACCCGGGGGAGGAGGAAGAGGAAGAGGCCGAAACUUCCUUCCGGACGACUGGCCAGGGCACAAGAAUCAGCUCCAGGGAGCAGACAGUACCCCCGAGGGGAGACCUCUCCCCUCGUUCAGAGGAUAUCCCUUUGCUGGGCAGAAGUGAGAACUCUGUGGACAACGUCUUCGUUUUGGCGUUAGUGUUCUUGGUAAGUGGGAUUCUGCUGGUGAUUGUGGCUUACAGCAUCCCACGGGAGGCCCGCGUUGAUCCGGACACCGUGUCUGCCAGAGAGAUGGAAAGACUGGAGAUGUACUAUGCCCGCCUGGGGUCCCACCUAGACAAGUGCAUCAUUGCUGGCUUAGGUCUGUUGACGCUCGGGGGCAUGCUCCUCUCCAUUCUCCUGAUGGUGUCCAUCUGUCAAGGGGAAUACUACAGGAGGCGGAACCUCCUAGCUUCCCGAGCGUCCCGGAAGACUUACGGAUCCAUAAACUUGAGGAUGAGGCAGCUGAAUGGAGAAGGGGGGCAAACCUUGGUUGAGAAUGAAAUCGUUCCGAUGACAGAAACGGCAAACAUCAGCCAGGACUGCUGAUAUGCAAGUGGGGAAUCGGGUCAAGUCCUUAGGGUUCAAGGACUCCUGCUGGAAAGAUCAGUGAGAUAAGGCUUCUUUUCUGGCAUGGAAAGAAAGUUUAGCACCCACAUUUUAAGGACAACGAUGUGCAUCGAAAUGGAGGAAACCAGUUAUUGGUAUUUCACAUCCUAAGAAACAGACUUUGGGCGAAGCUGUUUGAAUCCAAACUCAGACACAUGCAGACAAUGCCUGUAAUUGCUCACACUCACAAAAGUAAGUCCCCAGGGGUGAAAUGAAGGGAAACCAAAUAUUACUUUGUAUUUGACAGAGGCCGGGAACUCCUUUCUUAAACACAGAGACCAGAAAACAUGGGGGCCUGCCUGCCUCUCUGCUGUUUGUUUAGUGCAGAGUUGCGACCCCUCCGGUCCAUUUCCGGUAGUUUUCUGAUUGUUCUACAACCAAAUAGCCUACAUGGAUGAAACUGAGCCAAAGCCACAUAUCAGAGGUCCUUUUUGACCUUCUUUCUAUCUGACCAAGUGCGGUUAACGGUCUGUACAUUUGAGCUAGGCCACCCUCUUGUCUUAGCAAUAGUUCCGUCCGGAAGGUGUACCGAGCUGAAAUCACAGCUUUCUUUGGGGUUCCCAGCGAAAGAUCAGCUCACGGGUGAAUCUUUUUCUCUGUAGAAGCAAAACCUCGGUGGAAUUCCCACGUGAUCCUCACCAGCAAACCAGAUUCCCCCUGGCUUCACAGAUAAAGAAUGCCGUGCUCAAAACUCUUCCCCACGUAUUAAGAGGAGAAAGAGGCCAGCCGCCGUGUCCAGGAGCCUCCCCGUGACUCUGUUUCCUCUUCCUUGUCCAUGAACCUGCCACAUCACCUGCCUUUGAAGAGGAAAAGGGCUGGCUGCAGCGACGGGAUGAAAUGACAUCUCGAAAGCUGAGCAUGCAUCAUUAAUGAAGGCCAGCACGUGGCCGGCGUAAAGGGAAGCAUGUCAGCAGGGUGUUUAAAAAUGGAAGUCACUCUGGCGCAGGCGAGCAAAAGGUGACCUCUAAAAGGCAUGGCUGCUGG